AUGAUGGCGACCUUCAUGAGGACAGCGAUGCGAGCGGGCGUUCGCGCCUCGACUAUGCGAGCGAGCCCAAUGGCUAUUCGGCCUAUGGCCUCUGCUACUACGCCUAAGAAGGCCACGGCGGCGGCAGCUAUGCAGCAGCAGCCACCUACCGAGAUGUUUGAUCAGCCUUUCUUUCCUGGUAAUUAUCACUCACAUCAUUUCGUAUGGCAGCUAACACUCCUCCAAGAUGAACCAUACGGCCCAAUUGUCAGGACUUCAAUCCCCGGCCCGGAGUCCAAGAAAGCCAUCGCACAUUUAGACAAGGUCUUCGACACCCGCAGUCUAAACAUGAUGGCCAACUACACCAAAUCCCUUGGAAACUACAUCGCCGAUCUCGACGGCAACGUCUUACUCGACGUCUACGCCCAGAUCGCCUCCAUCCCAGUAGGCUACAGUAACCCGUCCCUCCUGCUGGCCUCAACAAGCCCCGCCAUGGCUUCGGCAAUGAUCAAUCGACCCGCCCUCGGCAACUUUCCCCAGCACGACUGGGCCGAGAUUCUGGAGACGGGUGUCCUCCGCGUGGCGCCACCAGGAAUGAAUCAGGUAUUUACUGCACAAGCCGGUUCUGAUGCGAACGAGUUGGCGUACAAAGCAGCCUUCAUGUGGAAACGCAGCCAAGAGCGCGGUGGUGCCGACGUCCCCUUUACGGAGGAAGAAAUGUCCUCCUCCAUGAACAACGCCCUGCCCGGUUCACCACAUAUGUCCAUCAUGUCCUUCGCAACCGGUUUCCACGGCCGCUUGUUCGGCUCCCUGAGUACCACCCGCUCGAAACCGAUCCAUAAACUCGAUAUACCCGCUUUCGAUUGGCCGCAGGCACCCUUCCCGGCCCUGAAGUACCCGUUGGAGCAGCAUAUCGAGGAGAAUAAGGCGGAGGAGCAGAGGUGUCUGGAUGAAGCAGAACGCGUAAUGACGACCUAUCAUAAUCCCGUUGCCGGCAUCGUCAUCGAACCCGUGCAAUCCGAAGGCGGAGACAACCAUGCCUCGCCGGCCUUCUUCAGGGGUUUAAGGGAAAUCACGAAAAAGCACAACAUCUUAAUGAUAGUAGACGAAGUGCAAACCGGUGUCGGAGCGACGGGCAAAUUCUGGGCGCAUGAACAUUGGAAUCUGCAGCAUCCACCCGAUAUGGUCACUUUCUCCAAGAAGGCGCAGACGGCGGGAUAUUAUUUUGGGAAUGAUGAGUUGAGGCCUAAUAAGCCAUACAGGCAGUUUAAUACUUGGAUGGGUGACCCGGCCCGCGCCAUCCUCUUCCGCGCCAUCAUCGACGAAAUCGAGCGGCUGGAUCUGGUGCGCAAUACUGCCGAAACAGGCGCCUACCUCUUCUCCGGUCUUGAAAAUCUUGCACAGCGCUUCCCAGGUGAAGUGUUGAAUCUUCGUGGGAAGGGACAGGGAACGUUUAUCGCGUGGGAUUCGCCACGACGAGACGAAGUGUUGAAGAAGGCGAAAGGGGUGGGGAUUAACAUCGGUGGUUCCGGUGAGCGGGCUGUGAGGUUGAGGCCCAUGCUUAUUUUCCAGAAGAAGCAUGCGGAUAUUUUCUUGGAGGGGAUGGAGAAGGUGUUUAGCUCGUAG